AUGGUAUCACUAGAGCAAAAUAGGGCGCAUUCGCUUCCGUCGCGCGCACUUGCCCCCCCCCGCGCUCACUCGCUCCCCCCGCGCGCACUCGCUCCCUCUGCGCGGACUCGCUCCCUCGGCGCGCACUCCCUCCGCGCUCACUUGCUCCCCCCGAGCUCACUCGCUCCCCCCGCGCUCACUCGCUCUCCCCGCGCUCACUCGCUCCCCCCUCGCUCACUCGCUCUCCCCACGCUCACUCGCUCCCCCCCCCCGCGCACUCGCUCCCCCAGCGCGCAUUCGCUCCCCCCGCGCUCACUCGCUCCCCCCCCGUGCACUUGCUCACCCUCUCCCAAACGCUUAGGUCUCCUCCUUCCCCUCUUACUAUCUCCUCCACCGCCUCUCCCUCCUUCUAACCGCUCGUCUUUCCCUCCCUGCAUCCCCUCCUUUCCCUCCCUGCAUCCCCUCCUUUCCCUCUCUGCAUCCCCUCCUUUUCCUCCCUGCAUCCCCUCCUUACCCCCCCUGCAUUCCCCCUGCUACCUAUCGUAUGCGUUGCCAGUGGUGCAGGCACUGGCAGGGCGUGUGGUGCGGCGAGUGCGGGCGGUGGUAGGGCGUGUGCCCACCAGGGACCUGGCUGCUCAGGUGGGUAAUUCGGUCAUUUCCCCCUCCCCAGUAGACGUUGGCGUAUAUGCUGCCAGUGAUGCAGGCCCUGGUGGGGCACGUGGUGUGAUGAGUCAGAGUGGUGGUUGCAUUGCCCACUCGAGACCUGGCUGUUCAGGUGGGUGUUAUGGCGUGAAGCACGUGUUUGACACCAUAGCGCUGGCAAUCGGCCUUGCAAUGGCUCUCGUCAUCGAAUCAUAG